AUGGCGCCCCUUCCUCGCGGCGGCAACCCGCGCGGUGGUGGCGGCGGCGCUCCUGGCGGAUCCCAGGCGGGCUCUGGCUGGCGCUGCCCCUCGUGCUGCUACAAGAACUUCGGGUGGAGGAUGCAGUGUCGGCAGCCAGACUGCUGCGCGUACCGCCCGACGUCCAGUGGUGCUCCUCGGCCUCGUGAUGCUGGCGAUGGCGGCUGGCCUCGUCUCGGUCGCUGGGCCGAAGGACCGCCCAAGGCUCCGCGGCGCCACGCCGAGCAGGCGGCUGGAGGCGGCAAAGGAGUGCAGCCUCCCAAGCCGAAGCGGCUCACUGACGAGAAGCCCGCCUACUUCGCGGCCUGCCCCGUCGAGCAGCUCGACGCCUGCAAGGGGCUCAUCGCGGAGGCGGACUGGCAGGCCAUCCGCCAGCAACGUUUCUUCCUCCAGCAGCAGCUGGGCUCGCUGUCGGCGGUCAAACCUGUCAGGAGUGCGCAGGUUGCGGCUGACGAGGCCCCCAAGCGCUUUCUGCGAGCCCGCAGCGAGCUGGAGCGCAAGAAGCUGGCGGCCCAGGCUGCGCUGCAGGCGGCCUUCGAACAGGAGAAGCUGGUCGCCAAGCUGCAGGUGGAGAUGGAUGAGCUCGUCGGGAAGGCCAGGCGGGUCAUGGCCGAGCCGCCUGCUGCUGCUUCGCCGCGCGCCGAGGACCGCUACGUCGCCGACGUCACCAAGUGCAGGGACUUGGUGGGCACCGUCUCGGGCGCCCUCGGCGGAGUCGAGCUUGGCGAGCUGGCUGGCCCGCUCAAGUCGCUCCUCGCCGCGCUCCAGCAGGAUGUGGCCGCUUGCGAGGCGUCGGGCGCCCCGCCAGCCGCCGCUGCGCCUUCCCCUGCGGCAGGUGCUCAGCCUGGGGCAGCGGCUCAUGAAGCAGUUCUGGGAGGCGAGCACAAGGCUGCUGGCGAUGACGACGAAGACAUGGAGAGCCUCAACCUGCCCCCUGAGGCCUUCGCGGCGCAGGUCGAGGCCUUCUGCGACGGCGACGCCGACAAGAGGAAGUGGCUCGAGGCUUUCCGCGACCGCUGCUAUGCCGACAAUAAGCAGAAGCUGGGGUGCCUCACGGAGCAGAUCAACGGGUGCAACGUUCUGCUCUUUCAGGAGACCCGCCUCAGCGGGGCGCGCACGACGGAUGCUGAAGGGGAGCUUCGUCGUCGGGGAUGGCGUGCCGCGGGUGUUGAGCCAGGCGUCUCAGGCGGGGGGCCUGGCGUCUGGGGUCUUUUGACGUGCUCGCGCCUUGAGCACGGGUUGGCGCCCAUGAUGGGCUACGAGUCCCCUGUCGUUCGUCCUGGGCGAGUACAGCUGCUCCACCACGCUGGGCUGACUCUUGGUGGAGUCGUAGUGUGGAACGUGUACUUGGAGAGCGGCGCGGGGGUGAACGCAUUCAACUACGAGGCGCUGCGCGACGUGGCGUGCAGGCUGAAGCAGUACGGCAGGCCGUGCGUGAUCGGUGGUGACUUCAACUGCACCAAGGCCGAGCUGGAGACAUGCGGAGUCCUGCGCUUCUUCGACGGCACCUGCGUUGACGCGCUCGAGCCGACCUGCGCGCAGUCGAUGCGCUCCAUCGACAUGUUCAUUGUCGAGCGGCCUGCGGCUGCUCAACGUGGAG